UCGUUUCUCUGAAGUUAGGCGUGGCUCUAGUCGAGUCGGUCCUGCCUCAGCAACAGCGGAUCGGAUUUGGUUAAAACUCUUUUCAGGAUGACUUCAGUCGUCUCCAAAUUUGUCACCAAGACCCUGUGCGACCACCAGGGAUGUAUGGACUUCAAGCAGCUGGACGAGAAGAUCGCACAGAACUUCACUGUAGCGAAAGCCGUCCUCGAGGGCGUCCUGUUCGACGACGAUAAAAUAGCCAUCCAGGAAGGCAGACAGAAGGUCGUCGGUAAACAAAUCCUCAGCCAGGACAGUCUGGUAGUGGCUAAAACCAGUCUGCGGAUCUGUCAGAAGAAACCCGGAGAGUGUCCUCGGUGCGAUGCGUUACACCUGUGCAGGUAUUACGUGUGCGGAGACUGCACGUUCGGAGUCAAGUGUAAAAAUCCCCAUAGUCUGGUUUAUCCAUACAAUGCAGAGCCUUUGAAAAGAUAUGAGCUUCAGGAUUUGACAGAGAAACAGCUGUUCCAGCUGUUACUGCAGAAUGAUCCGUAUCUGCUUCCUGAGAUCUGCCCACAUUACAACAAGGGAAAUGGUUUGCACGGUUCCUGCAAAUUCACCACCUCGUGCACCAAGCUCCACGUCUGCCUGCACUUUCUCCAGGGUGACUGCAAGUUCGGCUCUUCCUGUAAGAGAUCCCAUAGUGUUGAUGUGCGAGAAACAAAGGCUUUCCGAGGAGUCAGUCAGGAGAAUGUUAAAAACCUUCUGGAGAUCUACAGAAAUAAAUUCAUCAUCCUGGGUCAACAGGAGAGAGGAGCUGUUGCUGUUCCCGUGCUGCCAGAGGUGAGUCCCCUCUCUCAGCCACUUUACCAAAAGAGACCCGGAUCCCCUACCAGUUCUGCUCCACCAUCUAAACCCAUGAGCGACACUGACAGGAAUGAAAUCUGCCUCUUCUACAUUCGUAGAAACUGCAGCUUCAAGGAGAAGUGUGCCCGUGUCCAUUGGCAUCUGCCGUUCAGAUGGCAGGUGUUGGACAGUGAUGGUGUGAAAUGGAAUGACCUGCCUAAUAACGAAGACAUUGAGAAAGCCUACUGUGACCCAGGAAAUGACACAAGCUGCACGGAUCCACCUUCGCCCACCUCAGGGAUUUACAGAUUCUUGCCUUUCCAAAGUUCUGCCUCCCCCCCCUCAGCUGACUUCAUGACGAUGACAUAUGGAGGGUCUCCAGUUCGUCGGCUGUCCACUACCUCCUCUGUCUCAAAGCCCCCUCACUUCAUUCUUACAACACAGUGGCUGUGGUACUGGAAGGAUGACAGCGGGGUGUGGCUGGAGUUCGGAGAGAAUGACGAUGGCAUACCGGCCUCCAUCACUUCUCAAACUCUGGAGAACGUGUACCUGGCAGACAGAGAUACAGAGAUUCCUUUUGGUGCUGGACAACAGCAGUAUAUCCUCCACUUCAAAGGUGCAGCGGGAACACACCAGUUGUAUCAGCAGAAUGUAAAAUACAAAACCAAGAGAGAGGUCAGAAGGAGGCCUUGCUUUGUGUCUGCUCAUGAUGUGGAGGCGAAGCUAAAGAGUGCAUCAUCACCACACGGCUCCAGUUCCUCCACAGCUGAAAGUUUCCCAUCCCACUGGGACAUGACUGCCCAACCGGAUUUUGGAUCCAAGCUCGUACCUCUCUCUCAAUCUGCGAAGGAGUACAAUAUGAUUGAGAAGCUGUUUAAGCGCACCAUGCCCCAGAGUAAAAUUAACAACAUCCAGAGGGUCCAGAACCCCUCUCUGUGGAAAAUCUUUCAGUGGCAGAAAGAGCAGAUGAAGGAGAGGAAUGCAGCUAAGUCUGUGAAUGAGCAGUACUUGUUCCACGGGACAGACGAGUCCCUGAUUGAGGCCAUCUGUGAGCAAAACUUUGACUGGAGGAUGUGCGGUGUCCAUGGCACGUCCUAUGGCAAAGGGAGUUACUUUGCCAGAGACGCGUCCUACUCAGACAGAUAUGCCAAGGUCAAAAGAAGCCUGAGCAAGAUCAUGUUUGUUGCUCUGGUCCUGGUGGGGGAGUACACCAGGGGGAACAGCAGCUUUGUCCGGCCCCCACCAAAAGGAAACGGCAAAACCCUCUACGACAGCUGUGUUGACAGCGAGAGCAACCCCGGCAUCUAUGUUAUCUUUGAAAAACAACAGAUUUAUCCAGAGUAUCUUAUCGACUACUCAUAAGUCACAAUGCUGUUGUUUUCCUGUGUCGAAUGGUCAGCAGUAAAACCUAUUAUGGGAUGCGCUUUACUUUGAAUUAGUGGCUUUGUUAAAGGUUCAUGGAUUUUCACGGUGGUGGGAGAAGUAUUUUUUCCACAAAUAGAUGCAUUCAAAAGCUUACUUAAGUAAAAGAACAAUUAUUUUGUUCAAUGAUAAUGUUGCAAUAUUUUAUCUUAACACUGGAAGUGCAAAGUAGGUGAAAGUGGAAAUACUAAAUGGGAUUUGUCUGUAUGAUUAUUGCAGUGUGUCUUGAUGAAUUUGUGUCAGAAAAUACUCAUUGCAGAAUGUUUACCAAGAAAAUAAUGCUUUUUCUUGGCCAAUGUCUAUUUUUAGGAUUGGAGCCUAUGUUGUUGUCUGCUGCAGGUUAUUAAUGCAAGUGAAGGGUGAUGAGGGCGACAAAUAAUCUGGUGUUCAGAUAUGGAAUGAUCUGGUUGUUAUGUAAUAAAUAGAUUACAGAUUGCCAUUAAAGUAGUGAAUGUCAAUAUA